GCCGUCCGCGUCUGCGCCUGCGCGCAAGAGAGGCGGGGCCCGCGCUCGGCAUGGCGGAGCCGGAUCUAGAGUCCGAGCAGAUCCGUCUGAAGUGUAUUCGUAAGGAGGGCUUCUUCACGGUGCCUCCGGAACACAGGCUGGGACGAUGCCGGAGUGUGAAGGAGUUUGAGAAGCUGAACCGCAUUGGAGAGGGUACCUACGGCAUUGUGUAUCGGGCCCGGGACACCCAGACAGAUGAGAUUGUCGCGCUGAAGAAGGUGCGGAUGGACAAGGAGAAGGAUGGCAUCCCCAUCAGCAGCUUGCGGGAGAUCACGCUGCUGCUCCGCCUGCGUCAUCCAAACAUCGUGGAGCUGAAGGAGGUGGUUGUGGGGAACCACCUGGAGAGCAUCUUCCUGGUGAUGGGUUACUGUGAGCAGGACCUGGCCAGCCUCCUGGAGAAUAUGCCAACACCCUUCUCAGAGGCCCAGGUCAAGUGCAUUGUGCUGCAGGUGCUCCGGGGCCUCCAGUAUCUGCACAGGAACUUCAUUAUCCACAGGGACCUGAAGGUUUCCAACUUGCUCAUGACUGACAAGGGUUGUGUGAAGACAGCGGAUUUCGGCCUGGCCCGGGCCUAUGGUGUCCCAGUAAAGCCAAUGACCCCCAAGGUGGUCACUCUCUGGUACCGAGCCCCCGAACUGCUGUUGGGAACCACCACGCAGACCACCAGCAUCGACAUGUGGGCUGUAGGCUGCAUCCUGGCUGAGCUGCUGGCGCACAGGCCCCUUCUCCCCGGCACUUCUGAGAUCCACCAGAUCGACUUGAUCGUGCAGCUGCUAGGGACGCCCAGUGAGAACAUCUGGCCGGGCUUUUCCAAGCUGCCGCUGGUCGGCCAGUACAGCCUCCGGAAGCAGCCCUACAACAACCUGAAGCACAAGUUCCCGUGGCUGUCGGAGGCCGGGCUGCGCCUGCUGCACUUCCUGUUCAUGUACGACCCUAAGAAAAGGGCGACGGCCGGGGACUGCCUGGAGAGCUCCUACUUCAAGGAGAAGCCCCUACCCUGUGAGCCGGAGCUCAUGCCGACCUUUCCCCACCACCGCAACAAGCGGGCCGCCCCGGCCACCUCCGAGGGCCAGAGCAAGCGCUGUAAACCCUGACGGUGGGCCUGGCACACGCCUGUAUUCCCACACCAGGUCUUCCGAUCGGUGGUGUCUGUGAAGGGUGCUGCGAGCCAGGCUAACCAGGCGCCCAGGAUCCAGCUCAUCCCCUUGGCUGGGACCAUCCUCCACUGACUUCCUCCCACUGUCUGCCCUGGACCCACUGAUGCCCCCAGAAAAAGGCCGGGUGAUGCCAGGGGGCUCCCAGCCCGUGCACCCUGGAAGGGCAGGCCUGGAGGCUCCAUCCGUGGCCGCAGGGGUCUCAUGUGGUCCUCCUCGCUAUGUUGGAAAUGUGCAACCACUGCUUCUUGGGAGGAGUGGCGGGUGCAGUCCCCCUGCUGUCCUUGAGUUGUGGUGGACGCUGGCCUGGGAUGAGCGGGCCCAGAAGACCUUCGUAUCCCUUCUCAGUCGCCCGGGGCUGUCCCUUGCAUGGGUCGGCUGUGGGGACCCCAGGUGGGCCUGGCAGGACUCCAGAUGAGGACAAGAGGAACAAGGUAUGGGGUGGGAGCCACAAUUGAGGAUACCCCGAGACUACCAGGAGAGCCCUGGGCUGGAGGCUGAGCUGCAUCCCUGCUCCCCACAUGGAGGACCCAACAGGAGGCCGUGGCUCUGACGCUGAGCGAAGCUAUAGGCUCUUGUUGGAUAAAAGCUUUCUUAACAGA